AUGGUAAAGUCUGCACUUAUCAGUCGUCACAUAGUAAGCUACAAAUCAAGACACCCUCUCUACGGUAUAAUUCUUAUAGAAAACGAAGAAAUUAGUGAUGUUAUUAUCGUGGAUGACAAUAUUCCAGCCUCUGCUUUAUUUUCAAAAUUUCGAGAAUGAAACCCAAUCAAUUACGAAAAUUAUUAUAUCUCCCCUGGGAUUAUUGAAAUUGGUGUGAGACCUGAGUGAGAAACCUACGUGAACAUCACUAAAAUGGCUGCAUCAGGUGGAGUCACUUUACUAUUAGAAGAAAAAUCCAUACACACAGAAAUCACAAAUCCAAUUGACGAAUUAUAUUGCGAUAUCGGCUUAAUCAAAAGAAUUGACUCUAACAAUUUAGAGGACAUAAAAAAGCUUAAAAAAUCUAGCGCUUUUGCUUUUAAAGGAUAUUUAUACCCACCUAGUAACAAAGUUGCUUCAUUGCCGAAUGACUUGCCAUGACUUUUAUCUAAGGUUAGAGAUACAGGGAAGCCUUUGAUUAUUGAUCCAUCAAUACCUCAAGGGAGAAUGCUGCAUAUGGCAUCACCAUGCCGACAUAUGAAUUUAGAAGAAAGAAUUGCAGCUGAUAUUAACGAUGACCCCCCCUCAAUCUUCAUGUCUAUUGCAACAAAAAUGCAAUUUUUUAAUAUAAAAUUUUAUAUAAAAAAAAUAAUAAUUUUCAUGUCUCUUGCAACAAUUUAAUACAUUAAAAUAGCGACACGUGCCAACCUGCCCUCUUGGCGCAGCAGUCCAGACCUUAUGGCUACAGCGAACUUGGACGGACUCCGAGCCGAGAAUCAGACUCAGGCUCAAGAAGUGUGUAUCCGGGUAGGUUUUGGCUACUUUCCUGUGUUUGGAAAUGGAGGUGCUCAACAACGUCCUUUUGGAUCCGAGGACCCAUGGGUAUUCCUCUAACGAGAAACUGAGGUUUCAGCCCAGGCAACAGGGGAACAGUCUUUUUUUCCUGUAGCUGUCGAAGAAAGGCACUUUGACACCCAAUAGACUACAAGAGCUGAUCCUUGGAGUCAAGCUACUCCAAUCGCCCGUAGCAGGGCGCAGAAAUCCAUAAGCCGCCCACUCAAGACUGAACUCCCAAGGCAAGGAGGAGACAGAAGGUGCCGGAAGGGCACUCGUAAGAGGGAUAGAUCCUAUGGGCUGGAGAGUCGAAAAGCAGUAUGACCUUCCGUACGGGAGAUCUUUAAUGGCUGCGUCAUCAAUAUGGCUAGCGCCUGUCUGUAAUAAUCUUAAUCCUAAUCCUCUUGCAACAAAUUUUCGAUACGCAUCUUAAAAUUUUCCGUACUUUUUAGCUAGAUAAGUUUAAUAAAAUGGCGAGCGAUGACAAUAGCCGUCCAAAACUCGAUGAAAGGUCAUGACAGACCUACAGUAGAGCUGUUUUAUGGUUUUUUUGAGAAACUCACUUAGAGAAAAAUGCAUUAAUUUUUUUUUACAAAAAUGUUGUGUUGCAGUAGGCAUGAAGAUUUUUUCGAAAAAUUUUUGUUGCAAUAGACAUGAAGAUUGAGGGGGGGGUCAUCGUUACAAAGGAUAUGGAAUUUUCAGCAGCCGCUUUUCCUGAAUCAAUCUAUCCAGACGAAGAAGGCUCUCCUAACGAAGAGCCUGUUAGAUGGAACUUAAACAGAACCAGAUCAGGAAUUCCCACCUUUUCUUCAUCUAGAAAUUCCUCAAAAAUUGCAGAGCCACUUCGAAUUAGCAAUAAAUUCGACUUAAAUAAUCAUAUGCCUGACAUCGAAGAAGAAGACACAAUGAGAAGUCGAGGAAGAACCAUUAUGAGAGACAUCAAAAAACGUCGACAAAGCAGUUAUCAUGACAUUUAUGAAGAUCUAGACUAUAGAAUCAAGGUCAUUGAAUCUGAUAUACAAGCCAUCAGCAAAGCAGAAAUAACUACAUAUCAGACUGCAGGCUCCACUGUGUAUUCAAAGCAAUUACCUAGAAGAAGAAGUUCGUCGUUUUCGGACUUUUCAUUUAGAGAGUUUUUGCAAGCUGUUCCACAAGAAGAAGCGGCUCAGCCAGCUCCUCCUAUGAGUUCUAUACAAAAGAGGCUAAAAGGGAAAAGACCAAUGCCAUUAAACACACACAUGGAAGUCACUAUCCAAAAAGAUCGAAUUUAUCUAAACCAUGUAGCAAAUAUUCCUGACAAAUGGGAGCUAAAAGGUGUUAAAAAGAUCCUUGAAGUUUUACAAGCAGAAAGCUGCAAAGUCCAUAUUUGCAAUUUAUCGUCAGCUGCUGCAGUUAAUAAAAUUCGUCAAAAUAAGUCUACAAACGAAUCAACUGUGACUUGUGACACUUGUCCUCACUAUAUGUCCUUUAGUGAUAAAGAUAUACAAGACGGGGAUACUAGGUUUAAAGACUACCCUCCUAUCAGAAAUCAGGCUAACUGCAAUUUACUAUGGGAGCUGCUGAAGCUCAAGGGCAUUGAUAUCAUAUCAUCACAUCAUGCUUCUAUACCCAGCGAAUACAAAAAUCUGGACAAUGGAAGCUUCAGAAAAGCUUUAAGUGGUAUAAAUGGCUUAGGUUUUUCAAUGCAAAUUGUAUGAACAGCUUUGAGCUCAGUCAAUGCAAAUGAUUCAUUAAAAGAACAUUACAUAGUAAGGCUCGCUAAAUGAUUUUCAAUGCACCCAGCCAAAUUAUUAGGAAUCGAAAGCAAGCGAGGUAGCAUAGAAAGAGGCAAAUAUGCUGAUUUAAUAAUAUGAAACCCUUAUCAAUCGAUUUCCUGCCAUACUUAUUCUGCUAUGAAAGAAAGCUGCAUUUAUGAAGGGCGAGAAUUGAUGGGACAAGUUAUUAAGGUGCUAGUCAGAGGAAUGGAGGUAUUUGAUAACGGAAAUUUCCAAGCUUAUGGGGAAUAUUUAAAACAAAAUACAAUAAUUAAAGAUUUUUAA